ACUUGUCCAAACUCCAUUGUUUGUUUCUUCACAGUUCACAGGCAGGAAAAGAAAGACCCGACUUUUGUGAACCAUAUAAUCUCCCACCAAAACAUUCAUGAACUGAACUGAACUCCAACUUUAACCCAACCAAACCGAAGCACCAAUUAUUUAUAUUACACAUCUGCGUACUCCCAAGCACACUUGGACACAAUAUUCCAUAUUCCACAAGCACCAAUUCCGAUUACCAACCACCCUCCUUUGUUCCAACGCUUCUGUUGCCUUUGUAUUUUGAGAUGUCACCAUUGCUGGGUCUUUGAAGUUCUUCCCACUCUCAUUCACAAUCACAAGACAAAAGAAGCAUCCUUUUUGAAUUUUUUUCCUUCUUCUUGGACUGUUUGGAGAUGGGCAUGGUGAUUACCCAUCCGUUUCAUCUUUGUGUUUCUUCUUAAGAAAUGGGUCUUCCAUUGUUCUGAGACAGCCUGUGAUGGAGCUCGAAGCAUGGAAUGCCAACAAUCCUAUCAAGAGGGAAUCGUGGCGAACAGUCCUGACUCUGGCUUACCAGAGCUUGGGAGUUGUCUAUGGAGAUUUAAGCACUUCCCCUUUGUAUGUCUACAAAAGCACUUUUGCAGAGGACAUUCAACACUCAGAGUCUAACGAGGAGAUAUAUGGGGUUUUAUCUUUUGUCUUCUGGACAUUAACCCUUGUUCCAUUGCUUAAGUACGUGUUUAUUGUGCUGAGAGCUGAUGAUAAUGGUGAAGGUGGGACUUUUGCUCUCUAUUCAUUGCUAUGCCGCCAUGCCCGGAUAAGCACUUUACCCAAUUGCCAGCUUGCGGAUGAGGAGCUAUCAGAGUAUAACAAAGAUGGAAUUGUAUCUUCUAAUGGGAGUCUUGGUUCCAGCCUAAGAUCAACAUUGGAGAAGCACAGAAUCCUGCACAGAAUGUUGCUUGCGUUGGCCUUGAUUGGGACUUGUAUGGUCAUUGGGGAUGGAGUUCUUACACCUGCAAUUUCUGUGUUUUCUGCAGUUUCAGGGCUAGAGCUUUCCAUGUCCAAAGAGCGACACCAGUAUGUGGAAGUUCCAGUCACGUGUAUCAUACUGCUAUUCUUAUUUGCCCUCCAACAUUAUGGGACCCAUCGAGUGGGAUUCCUUUUUGCACCCGUUGUGAUAACAUGGCUUUUAUGCAUCAGUGCUAUUGGUAUAUACAAUAUCUGUCAUUGGAAUCCCCAUGUUUACCAAGCACUUUCCCCUUACUAUAUGCACAAGUUUUUGAAGAAGACCCAACGAGGAGGUUGGAUGUCCUUGGGCGGGAUUUUGCUAUGCAUUACAGGUUCAGAAGCCAUGUUUGCUGAUCUUGGACAUUUUUCACAGUUAUCAAUCAAGAUUGCAUUCACCUGUUUGGUUUACCCGUCCUUGAUCCUAGCAUAUAUGGGGCAGGCUGCUUAUCUUUCCAAGCAUCAUGCCAUAGAAAGUUACUACCGGAUUGGAUUCUAUGUAUCUGUACCUGAGACUAUUCGAUGGCCUGUUCUGGUGAUAGCCAUAUUGGCAGCAGUUGUGGGAAGCCAAGCCAUAAUCACUGGGACUUUCUCUAUCAUCAAACAGUGUUCUGCUCUGGGUUGCUUCCCGAAGGUCAAAAUAGUCCACACGUCAUCCAAUAUACAUGGCCAGAUUUACAUUCCAAUGAUCAACUGGACUUUAAUGAUGCUAUGCUUGGCCGUUACUAUUGGUUUCAGAAACACCAAACACAUAAGCAAUGCAUCAGGUUUGGCAGUUAUAACCGUUAUGCUGGUAACCACCUGCCUAAUGUCUCUCGUCAUUGUCCUGUGCUGGCACAAAAGCAUUCUCCUUGCAAUUUGCUUUAUAUUCUUCUUUGGAUCCAUAGAAGCACUCUACUUCUCAGCUUCACUCAUCAAGUUCCUAGAAGGAGCUUGGGUGCCUGUUGCUCUCUCGUUCAUUUUUCUAGCAAUCAUGUACGUUUGGCACUAUGGCACGCUCAAGAAAUACGAGUUUGAUGUUCAAAACAAGGUUUCGAUCGACUGGCUACUAAGUCUAAGUCCAAAUCUAGGAAUUGUGAGGGUGCGGGGCAUUGGCCUGAUAAACACCGAGCUUGUGUCGGGGAUCCCAGCGAUCUUCUCUCAUUUUGUCACCAAUCUCCCUGCCUUCCACCAGGUUUUAGUCUUCCUUUGCGUCAAAUCUGUUCCAGUCCCCCAUGUCAGACCUGAGGAAAGGUUCCUAGUGGGAAGAAUUGGCCCGAGAGAGUACAAGUUCUAUAGGUGCAUAGCGCGGUAUGGCUAUCGUGAUAUUCACAAGGAUGAUUUGGAGUUUGAAAGAGAUCUCGUGUGUAGUAUUGCAGAAUUUAUCAGGUCGGAGAAGCCAGAACAGACUGCAGCGGGGGAAGACCUCGAGGGGAAUGAAAGAAUGACUGUUGUUGGAACCGCUUCAACAAAUCUCGAUGGGAUGAGGAUGUGGGACGAAGAGGAGGACAAGGACAAGGACAAGGAUAAGGAUGAGGAUUGUUUUGAAAUGGCUGUCGACAACCCACCAGAGCUUAGGCCAAGGCCGAGGAAGAGAGUGAGAUUUCGUCUCCCAGAGGCCAACAUAGUUGCACAAGACGAGUUGCGCGAAUUGAUGGAAGCAAGGGAGGCUGGGAUGGCUUUUAUUUUGGGGCACUGUUACGUGAAAGCAAAGAGGGGCUCAAGUUGGCUCAAAAGAAUUGCCAUCAAUUUAGGAUAUGAUUUCUUGAGGAGGAACUUUCAGGGGUCUACACAUGUACUUAGUGUCCCACAUGCAUCCACUCUAGAGGUUGGUAUGAUCUAUCAUGUCUAGCUCUUUUUUGUUUUGUUUACGUUUUUGGUGCCUCCCUCCAAUGGUAUACUUUUCUACUCGUUCACUUGUUCUGUAAAUGAAGGAUGGAUACUUUGUUUUUGUGCUAUGCCACCAAUCCACUGUAUUUACCGCUUACUAUCUAGUUAUACUUAAUUAGCGCUCUUCAGCGUGGUUUCAA